GAAGAAAUUACCGAAAAGUACGGACUCGAGGCGGGCCUGGCAACCUCGCUAGGAGAAAAGGACGGCGGCGAGUCCGCCAAGUCUUUGCUGAAAAAAUACGGCAUCGCAUAUCUCGCCACAAGCAUUCCGCUAGCGAUCGUGUCGUUCGUUAUAUGCUACGCACUGGUCGAUGGCGGCGUGGACGUGGCCGGACUCUUGUCCAGGGUGGGUAUUGAAGCCAACGCAGCGGGGGAAAAGGCCGGCACCUUCGCGAUUGCUUACGCCGCGCAUAAGGCCGCUUCGCCCAUCCGGUUUCCGCCCACUGUAGUACUGACACCGCUGGUUGCACAAUUGAUUGGGAAAGAACCAGACAAGGAG